AUGGCAAAAGUCAUUAAAGUUAAGUUUAAUGGAAAGACUCGACGUUAUCCUUAUCCUAUUACACCGAUUAAAGACUUUAUGGAGUCACUUCGUACAGAUUUUAGUAUACUUGCAAACACAAAAUUAAACUUACUGGAUAACAGUGAAGAACUUUCACCCUCGUCUACAUUAGAGGCACUUGGUAUUCCGGCUGGUACUGAACUGGAGUUGACAUCUGAUAUUGACAACAAAGAUUUAACAAUAAAAGUUCAAACAGUAACCGGACAAGUAUUCCAAUUUCGUUUUGAUAACCAUUCAACUUUAAACGACUUAUAUGGUGCUAUUCAUAAGCAAACAGAAUUCACAACAACAUUUCCUCUUUUAUUCAAUCAUCGUAUGCAUAUAUUCGAAUCGAGAAAGUUUUUGGAUGAACUAGUUAUUAAUUUCUUACAUUUAACUACCAUUAAUGAUGAAACAAUUCCACAUUUUUAUUUAUUCGAAUGUGAUCGCACAUUUGAAACGCGUAAAUAUGAUUAUAAGAAAACUCUAAAAGACUUAUUUCUUAACGACGAUCUAUGGCAGCCUAAAUCGGCACAACAAACAGAAUUAGCUAUAUCGAUUUAUUUGAACAGUAUGUUUGCUCUGACAAGAGUAUUUUUAACGAAGAAAGACGUCGAGUUUGAUAGUGUUCAUAACGUUUACAUGGCACAGUUUCUUAUUGUUCUUCGUCGAUUUCUAUUUCCACCAGCCUGUCUUGCAUUCAAGCAUGCCAUGGAAAGUGCUCUAUUCAAUUUUGAAAAACCAUUACUGAGCGAAGCAUUCUAUCAUUUAUUUCGUGAUCUACUACCUAAACAUAUUCCUAAUAAUGAAUUGUUUUCGUAUACACCAUAUGUAUUUUGUUGGAUAUUCCUUAACGGUGAGUUAGCUUCAACUGAAAGUGCGUGUUAUGAAUCUGUUGAACUUGGUAGUUUAAUCGGAAAUGCUUCUCGCAAUACUGAGAAUGACGCACAACUCUACAAGUAUUUCGUCGAACCAGUGAGAUUGUUUAACGAUAGCAACCGCGAUCGGUUCGUGAUAAAAGAAUAUGAAGACGUGAAAAAUAGCCACCGUCUAACUACAAACGAUUAUCAGCGACAAACAGAUCUUGUUGGAUUGUUGAUGAUUUUAACAACUAACAAUUCUGCAGAUCAGCAAGAAAGUACAUUUGAAAAAUAUUCAUCUGACUAUACGUUGUGGGUACCAAGUGCAGAUAUUGAUUUGCUAUCUAAUGGUAACGUCUGUGAACAAAAACAUAAUCUAAAAUGUUUAUCUGACAAAGAUUUAGAAGAGAUCAAGCAACAAUUAUCUACUAAUGAUUUGUAUAGUAUAUUUACAUUCGCUGAUCCAUCGGCAUUAUCUAAACACAAUCAUGCUCAGUUUGUUCUACUCGGAUCCGGUGAAUGUGUCUAUAUUAUGAGUACAAUUAAAGGUGAGACAAGUACAUUCACUUGCUUCGAUCCUUCAUAUAGAAAACAGACCUUUCGUAAAACAGACGCUGCUUCAAAUGAAAGUCUUGUUCAACACCCUUCUAUUAUCAUUAGAGAAAAUGCAGCUGAUAUAAGAAAAAUUGAUCAAAUUACUUGCAUACUUUUCGAUAUUAGUGGAUCGAUGCAUACAAUGAUUGGUAGCGAAGAUAAUAAACACACUUUAUUAGAGUUAAGUACAAUGGCUUUUGGUGCUUGGCGCGAUCGUUUAGUAUCUUAUAGAAUGGCACAUGCUCUUGGUCUGGUAUACUUUGGUGCUGAUGAAGAAUUGCCUUCAGACUUUUUUUCUCAACUUUGCUCAUUUGAAAAAGCAUUAGCUAAUCGACCAAAUUGUGGUUUUGAUACCCCACUGUAUGAUGCGAUCAAUGUUGCGAUUCAAAAAAUUCUAUUGUUUCGUCAAAAAGUACAGACAAGACUUAGUCCAACAUGCAAAGAUUUGAUACUAUGUUUAACUGAUGGUGCUGAUAAUUGUAGCAAAAUUUCACAACCAGCUAUUCUUGAAAAAUUAUUAGAAAACAAUAUUAUUUUUGACGCUAUAAGCUUUGAUUUAUCAUCUAAUAAUUUAUUAGUUGAAUUUUGUGAAAAAACCAAAGGUUAUUAUUACACCGAUAUUCCACACAGUCAACAGGAUAUGUUAAAUUUAUUUGAAUUAGAAGCAACUAUAUCAGUUAAAGAUCGAGAAGAAAAUGUUUACGGUAAAAUAAAAUAUCCUAAACGUGUACAACCAAAAUUCUUAGAUAAACCAGCUAUUGCAGCAAAACAAGCGAAGAUAAGUGAUGGACGCGCAAUAAAUAUGUCAUUCAGACGAAUCAUGCUCGAAAUCAACAAUUUAAAUAAAUCAGAGUUAAAAAAUUUUGAAUUGUUUAUUUCAAAAGAAAAUAUCUUCUUUUGGAAAGUUAUUAUGCAUGGUGAAACUGGUACACCAUAUUCUGAUGGACGUUGGUUGUUAUUUAUCGAAUUUCCGCAAAUAUAUCCACAACAACCACCUGAAAUUCGAUUUAUAACUAAAAUUUACCAUUGUAACAUAAAUGAUGAUGGAAAAAUUUGUCAUGAUAUAUUAGGUUCAGCUUGGUCACAAAAAACUUCUAUGUAUCACAUUUUCAUGGAGAUAUUACGUCUACUGAGAGAACCUAAUCCAGAUGAUGCUUUAUCGUCCGUGAAAGGUGCUCAAUGUGCAGCAUCGCGAGAUAAUUAUGACAAUACAAUAAUAGAAUGGAAAAAUAUGUAUGCAAAUGCAACUGUCGAUGAAUUAAAAGCGCAAUACUUACUCGAAUAA